AUUACUACUAUUAUAUACUAUAUGGUUUUGGAAGAAGUAGAUAAAACCCAAAGUCAAAUUCGUAAUUAAAUUUCAAGUUUGCAACAAGAGCAAAUGGAGUCAACGCCGGCAAAACUGAACUUUGGAAAAUCUCUGUUAGUUCCAAGUGUUCAAGAGCUUGCCAAACAGCACCUAACCAAUAUUCCGGCCAGGUAUGUCCGCUCAGAGCAAGAAACUCCGGUCAUAUCCGCCGGAGAGUCUGUUCCAGUUAUCGAUCUUCAAAAGUUGAUUUCAGGGGAUGCCAUGGAUUCUGAGCUGCAAAAGCUUCACUUGGCUUCCCAACAGUGGGGUUUCCUCCAGGUUAUAAACCAUGGAGUGACACCUUCUUUACUGGAGGACUUCAAGAGAGAGGUUAUUGAAUUGUUCAAACUUCCAAUGGAAGAAAAGAAGAAACUAUGGCAACAGGAAGACAGCUUUGAAGGUUUCGGGCAUACAUUCGUUAUGUCAGAAGAGCAGAAGCUUGAUUGGAGUGACAUGUUUGGCUUAAUGACUCUUCCUCCUCAUAUCCGCAAAGUGGACUUGUUUCAGAAGUUGCCCUCAAAGCUCAGGGAUAUCAUCGAAGCAUACUGCAAAGAAAUGAAGAGCCUAGCAGUGAUCAUUGUAUGUCAAUUGGCAAAGGCUUUAAGAAUGGAUGAAAAAGAAAUGAGAGAUCUAUUCAGUGAUGGUAUGCAGUCAAUGAAGAUGAAUUAUUAUCCGCCUUGCCCUGAGCCACACAGGGCAAUUGGCUUAAGCCCUCAUUCUGAUGCUGAUGCCCUCACCAUCCUUUACCAGCUGAACGGAACUGAAGGUCUCCAAGUCCGAAAAGACAAUAUUUGGGUGCCUAUAAAGCCCCUCCCAAAUGCUUUGAUUGUGAAUAUUGGGGAUAUGAUGGAGAUAGUGAGCAAUGGUGUCUAUAGGAGCAUUGAGCACAGAGCAAUUGUAAACUCAAAUGAAGAACGACUCUCUGUUGCGACAUUCUAUAACAUCAACCUUGAAUCCGAAUUAGGACCUGCACACAGCCUCAUUGGACCAAAUAAUCCUCCAAUAUUCCGAAGAGUUUCCGUGCUUAAAUAUUUACAGGACUUUUUUGCACGAAAACUUGACGGAAAAUCAUACCUUGAUUUCAUGAAGGUAGAGGAGAGGGAUGAUGAAUCCUAGGUACCAUUUUGAUAUACUAGUACAAGUUACCCUUGCUGUUGUAAUUUGGAGUUCCCCUGUUUGAUUAUUACUAGUUUCUGGACACCUCUUUUGUAUAUGUGUCCCCAAUAAAUUGUUAUAGAUUCAUUAAAAUGAUUAAAAUUGUAUGAAAAUAUGUGUGUAAUGAAUACUAAAAUACAAUAAUUAAAA